CAGAAAGAGCCAGGAAAGACCCAGUAAGUGAGGAUAGCAGACCUCUGGUUAUUCAAGCCUCAUCCAAGCUCACCAUGGUCUUUGCGUUGACUGCCUGAGAAGAACUCCAAAUUCAUAUGCAGUGUGCUCUCCGUGGUAGUAUUGGCAACUCUCCUCAAAGUCAUUAUUCCAAAUCUCAGGAAGAGCUGGCAGAGUCUUUCCAGUUUUCUCCCUGACUGUUUCUGGAUGUAAGUACAUCCCACUGGAAUAUUCCCACCUCCAGAACAAGGAAAAGGCUUGAAGGACCUCAAUCUACUGUGCCAACAGGACCUGAAUGACUGGAUAUUUCUUGCUUACUACUACUUGAAAUCAACUAAAUAGAAACUCGCAAGACUACGGUGGCCAACGAUACUGUGAAAUUUCACAUGACAGAUGAGUGACCACUCCCUGAAGAUGUCUGACAGCCACAGCAGCCCUCUCCUUCCAGAGCCUAAUUCCAGCAGAUACAAAUUCUAUGAAUCAGAGCCAAGCAGCCCUACCUGGCCUUCAAACUCCCAAGAUACACAUCCAGCCCUGCCCUUGCUGGAAAUGCCUGAAGAAAAGGACCUCCGAUCAUCUGAUGAAGACAGCCACAUUGUGAAAAUUGAAAAAUCCAAUGAAAGGAGUAAAAGGAGAGAAAGUGAGGCGUCCCGCAGAGGCUCUGCGGGCCGGGGAGGCUUCAGCCUCUUCCAAGCAGUGGGCUACCUCACAGGCGAGAUGAAGGAGUGCAGGAGCUGGCUGAAAGAUAAGCCCCUGGCCCUCCAGUUCCUAGACUGGUUCCUGAGAGGAACCGCUCAGGUGAUGUUUGUCAACAACCCCCUCAGUGGGCUCAUCAUCUUCAUAGGACUUCUGAUCCAGAAUCCCUGGUGGGCACUUGCUGGGGCUCUAGGGACAGUUGUCUCGACUUUAACUGCCCUCAUCUUAAGCCAGGACAGGUCAGCCAUCGCCUCCGGACUCCACGGCUACAAUGGGAUGCUCGUGGGGCUGCUGAUAGCUGUGUUCUCCGAGAAGGCAGACUACUACUGGUGGCUGCUGUUUCCAGUGAUCUUCACAACCAUGGCCUGCCCAGUGAUUACUAGUGCUUUGAAUUCCAUCUUCAGCAAGUGGGACCUUCCAGUCUUCACACUGCCCUUCAAUAUCGCCGUGACACUGUACCUGGCAGCCACAGGCCACUACAACCUCUUCUUCCCCAUGACACUGGUGGAGCCUGUUUCUUCAGUGCCCAACAUCACCUGGACAGAGAUUGAAAUGCCUUUGUUGCUACAAACCAUCCCCGUAGGGAUCGGCCAGGUGUAUGGCUGUGACAAUCCCUGGACAGGUGGUUUGAUCCUGGUGGCUCUGUUCAUCUCCUCACCACUCAUCUGCCUGCAUGCAGCCAUCGGAUCCAUCAUCGGGAUGCUAGCAGCUCUGACAGUGGCCACCCCCUUCGAGACCAUCUACGUGGGCCUCUGGAGCUACAACUGUGUCCUCUCCUGUAUUGCCAUCGGGGGCAUGUUCUAUGCCCUUACCUGGCAGACCCAUCUGCUGGCCCUUGUCUGUGCUUUGUUCUGUGCCUACAUGGGAGCAGCUCUUUCCAACAUGAUGGCCGUGGUUGGUGUGCCAUCAGGUACCUGGGCCUUCUGCCUCUCCUCACUCAUCUUCCUGCUCCUAACAACCAACAACCCCGCCAUCUACAAGCUCCCACUCAGUAAAGUCACCUACCCAGAGGCCAACCGCAUCUGGUACCUGACGAUGAAGAGCAGUGAGGAAGAGAAGUCUCCCAGCGGCAGCGGUGGGGAGGAGCUGCCCACAGCAGGCCCCAAGGCUGAGGAGGGCUCCGAGGCGGUGCUCCCCAGGCGCAGGAGUGUGUUCCACAUCGAGUGGUCAUCUAUUCGGAGGAGAAGCAAAGUGUUUGGAAAAGGUGAGCACCAGGAAAGACAAGGCAAAGAGUCAUUCUCCUAUCUAUACCGGAAGCCAGCGGUGGAGUUGCUUGAUCUAGACACCAUGGAGGAGAGUUCUGAGAUCAAGGUAGAAGCCAACAUGUCCAAGACUUCGUGGAUUCAGAGUUCCAUGGCUGCUGGGGGGAAGAGGGUCAGCAGAGCCCUCAGCUACAUCACAGGAGAGAUGAAGGAAUGUGGAGAGGGUCUUAAAGACAAAUCCCCAGUGUUCCAGUUUCUCGACUGGGUGCUCCGAGGCACAUCUCAGGUGAUGUUUGUGAACAACCCCCUCAGCGGCAUCCUCAUCAUCCUUGGCCUCUUCGUCCAGAACCCCUGGUGGGCCAUCUCCGGCUGCCUGGGCACCAUUGUAUCCACCUUGACCGCCCUGGUCCUCAGCCAGGACAAGUCGGCGAUAGCAGCGGGGCUCCAUGGCUACAAUGGGGUGCUGGUGGGGCUGCUGAUGGCCGUGUUCUCAGACAAGGGUGACUAUUACUGGUGGCUUCUGCUCCCCGUCAUUGUUAUGUCUAUGUCUUGCCCCAUUCUCUCCAGUGCCCUGAGCACCAUCUUCAGCAAGUGGGACCUUCCAGUCUUCACACUGCCCUUCAAUAUCGCCGUGACCCUGUACCUGGCAGCCACCGGCCACUACAACCUCUUCUUCCCCACGACGCUGCUGCAGCCUGCAUCUGCUGUGCCUAAUCUCACCUGGUCAGAGAUCCAAGUGCCCUUGCUUUUGAGAGCCAUCCCUGUCGGAAUCGGCCAGGUAUACGGCUGUGAUAACCCCUGGACUGGAGGCAUCUUCCUCAUAGCUCUGCUUGUAUCUUCGCCGCUCAUUUGCUUGCAUGCAGCCAUUGGAUCCACCAUGGGGAUGUUAGCAGCUCUCAGCAUUGCCACGCCCUUUGACUCCAUCUACUUUGGCCUUUGUGGCUUCAACAGCACGCUGGCCUGCAUCGCCAUCGGAGGCAUGUUCUACGUCAUCACCUGGCAGACACACAUCUUGGCCAUUGCCUGCUCACUGUUUGCAGCCUACCUGGGUGCCGCUCUGGCCAACAUGUUGUCUGUGUUUGGAUUACCACCAUGCACAUGGCCCUUCUGCCUCUCAGCGCUCACCUUCCUGCUCCUGACGACCAACAACCCCGCCAUCUACAAGCUCCCCCUCAGCAAAGUCACCUACCCAGAGGCCAACCGCAUCUACUUCCUAUCCCAAGAGAGGAACAGAAGGGCAUCGACCAUAACAAAGUACCAGGCCUAUGAUGUCUCUUAAGUUGCCAGUUCCAAAACACAUCAUUGUAAAUGUAGCUGUGAUCAGGUAGCUGAAGACCUCUUUAACUUCCCCUUGAAGGUCCACCCCGGAAGACUUCUUUAACUCCCCCAUCAAGCACAGGAAAUGUGUGGGCUGUCUCCCUCCAGGAGCCUCUCUAAGACACACAACACUUGCCAAAGCUCUGUUUGGUUCAACUUCGUACCCACAACUAGCUCUAUGAAAACACCCUUUAACGGAGACUUUCUAGUCACACCACUCACUCAUGUAAUAUAGCACAGUGCCAGAAAAUGGUCUAGUCUAGAAUGCAAGAGAGUUGGACACACACACACGCACACACACACACACACACACACACACACACACACACAUAUACACACCCCAGCUCGGCCACUAAUCAGUUCCAUCUGUCUCAGGCAAGUCCUUCCUGAGCCAUCUUAGCCUUGAUUUCUUAUUGGCAGGGAUUUCUUUAUGACAGGAAGGGUCUCUAAAACCUCUUCUGCUUCUGAAGCACAGAUUCUUCUCUGUCUCCUGUAAAUUGAUCAAAUCAGCAUGACCAGCAAGCAGCAAGUAAUUGCUGAGUUGAGAAACAGAUGGAAGGGUUACCCAGAGGAGAGGCAGAAAGUGUUGAUGUUUGGGGGUGCGGGGGGGACUGGGAGAGAAGGGGAGUCUUCUUGGGUCAUGGAAAAGUAUCUCCAGACUGGGGAUUAGAAACUGAGCGUGUCAAUGUGCCUUCCUUUACGUAACAGAAAUGUUCCUGGGAAUAUUCUAAAAUAAUAUCUGAUCAUUUCCAGCAUCGAAAUCAUACUGUGAAGCGAUUAUUUCUCUUUUUGUAAUUUUCAUAGCCACACUCGCAUUAAACUGUUUAAAUUUCAA